CAGCAAAAACAUGUCUUAUUUCGUCAAUUCUCUUUCUGAAGAAGACCAGGAGUUCGAGGAAAUAAAAAACGCAGCUGCUGAAUUUUACCGGGCUAACAAAGUACCCGAGGAACUCGAGAAAGCUCUGGGCGAGCUUUUCUUCAGCAACCCCCAGGACGUCCACGGCUACCUGGCAAACUACUUCACAAACCUGUCACCACAACCCCUAAUCAACAGACUGAAUGGAAGGGAGGCCUAUGAUUCAAAAGGGCAGCCAUGUGCUGAGGCUGAAAUCUUUUGCAUCAUCUGCAAUAAAGAAACGAGGAUGGCCGCUGCUGCAAUUUCCAGCCACCUUGGACAAAAAGAGUCUGUUCUAGAAUGGCAAACAAAGAGUGAGGAAAGAAGGCACCAUGUCAUGAGUGCUGUUCAAUGGAUAGCUGAACCUCUGAAUCAAAUGCUGAAGGAACAGAACCCUUGUAACCAAUUAGAAGUUGACCAGGAGCUCAGCAAUUUUUUCGCGGUUCGCCAGCAGGAGGAGAAAGAAAUGAGGGAAAAUGAGGAGCAGGCUUCUAUCAGUGAACAGGAGGUGGAGGUUGUAGCUUCACCAUCUGAAAAGAAGAAAGACAAGAAGGCUGAUAAAAAAAAAAAGGCUUCAGACAAGCCGUUUAUUCCAGCAGAGCCACCUGAACCAAUUUUGCCUGGUUGCUUAGCUAUUGGUUCAGUAUCUUUGGCUGUGGCAAAGAGUGCAGCCAAGAUCAAGGACACUCCACUAUACAAGUACAUCCGAGCCCUAAAAAACCCAGAGGAUGAAACUGGAUUUCACAUUCCUUUCUGCCUGGUCACUAUACUAAGCUGUGGGAAGACUUCUCCCGGAAAAUUGAACUUGCUGGAAGAGGUUAUACUGGUCCACAGCACAGGACUGCAACUCAAAGAAAUUGUCACAAUGACAACACACUUGCAGAAGGAAAUGAUGAGAAUAAUAACCAUGUCAUCAAAAGCUGGGGUCACCCAGGCCAUUCUGAGUGACAGAGGUGUGAUGCCCGUGAACUUUGAUCGUCCUGAACAAGUACUGGACCUGAUCAAUGACGCCUGUAAUAACCUUGAACUUGAACUAGGAACGGACAUGCAUCUGGUUUUGAACUGCGCUGGCACUGACCUCAUGGACUAUACCAAAGAAAAGUAUGAGAUUGCAACAGGAUCUUUUAAGACUCCAGAUGAGCUUGUGACCAUUUAUCAAACCCUUAUUAACAAAUAUACCGCAGUGGUGGCUAUAAUUGACCCAUUCAGGAAGGAGGAUCGAGAACAGUGGGAAAAACUGAGCACUAUGAUUGGAGAUUCGUGCGUGCUUCUGUCUGAAGCGACUAACAAGCCGCAGGCUCCACCACUUCCUGGAGUGACAGGUCUAAUCUUAAAACACAUCAACGAGAUGACUGUCAGCGACUUGAUCCGCAUUACAUCCGAGCAAAAAGGUUCCAUUCUUAUGGGGACAGCAAGCAACGAGCCCUGUGAUGACGCCUCCCUGUCAGACAUAGCUGUGGGUCUGGGCAUGGACUAUGUCAAACUGGGAGGUCUGUGCAGUGCCGAGAGGAUGACUAAAUACAACAGGCUGAUUUCUAUAGAGGAAGAGCUGGCCCAACAAGGGAUCCUGGUUUCCAAGGAAAAACACUGCCUGCCCCUUUUCCAUAAAUUAGAAGAGGAGGAGGAUGAAGAGGAGGAGAAAGAAGAAGAAGAAACAACUUGAUCAACUUGUAGGUUGAUCGUACAAGUUAAAAUCUCAGGUUAAAAAAAAAAAAAAAUCCAUCCACUUGAUUUCACGGCUGUUUCAAUUACACUUUCUAAAGAAAAACACUCCCCUCCAUUGCUCCAUAAGUUUAAACAGAAGAGGAGGAGGUCUGGUGUUUGUAUGUAUAAUUUUCUGUAUUUUAACAGUAGCAAAGUAUCAAUGUAAUAUAGAAGUCAUUUAUGUGUAUGUCUAAUUUUUUCUUUUAGAUAAACUGCCUGAGUCAUGUACCCUGGGUCAUUAGUUUUAAGUAACUGAAAAAACAGUAGUUGAGCUGCACCUUGUCUGACUCCACCCAUUAAUAAUUUUUCAAACCAGUGAGUGAUCAUUUUCAGUCAAUCACAGCCAAUGAAUUAACCGGUAAGAACAGUUAUCCACAAUGGAUAACCGUACUCAAAUUGUUACAGCGCCUAUGAUAAGUAUUCACCCCCUUGGAUGUUUUCCCCUUUUAUUGCAUUCAUAAAUCAAUCGUGAUCCAAACAAUUUGGCAUUUUAACACAAACACUUAUUGAAAAAAAAACUUUUAAAGUCAAAGUGGAAACAGAUUUCUACUGAGUGAUGUCAGUGAAAUAAAAAUAUUAGGGCUGUCAAACGAUUAAAAUUUUUAAUCGAGUUAAUUACAGCUUAAAAAUGAAUUCAUCGUAAUUAAUCGGAAUUAAUCGCAAUUCAAACCAUCUAUAAAAUAUGCCAUAUUUUUCUGUAAAUUAUAUACAUAUUCUGUAAAAUAAUUUGUUGGAAUGGAAAGAUAAGACACAAGAUGGAUAUAUACAUUUAACAUACGGUACAUAAGGACUGUAGUGGGCAUUUCACUCUACUGUCAUUUAAAUCUGACUAUGCUGUCCUCACUCCGAAGCGUUUACUUUUUCCAAAGCUAGACAGCUAGUGAACGACGCCUUAAUAAUCAGACUUCUUCCUUUUUCAUCUGAUUUAUUAAUAAAAUGGCCUCAAACCAUUGUCCUCUUUAGACUGUAGUGAAACUACAAAAAAAAAAAAAAAGUACACAAGCAUUGCAUUAGCAACAACGUUAGCUUAGCACGCUAUACAGGUUUACUACACAUAAACAAAAAGCGUCUCAUACAAAAAAUGUAACAUUUCGCUUACUUACAUAAUAUGUACAUUCUUUACAACAACCAUACUUACGGACAAAUCUUGUCCAAGGAUCAUAUAAGCACAACAUUACAACGUAGGCGUCAGCCCGAGACGUCGUGCAGCCAUAUUGAACUGGCAAGAAAGCAAUAAACCAUGUCGCAAAGCGACCACAAGAGUUCGCUGUUAGACAGCACAAAAAACCUUGCUGUAAAACUUACCAAAAGGCAGAAUACUGUCUGAGCGGGACAUGUGCGUUAAUUGCGUCAAAUAUUUUAACGUGAUUAAUUAAAAAAAUUAAUUACCGCGCGUUAACGCGAUAAUUUUGACAGCCCUAAAAAAUAUAUAAAUUAAUAUAAUUGGUUGCAUAAUUAUUCACCAGCUUCAAGUCAGUAAUUCGUAGAUACACCUUUGGUUGCAAUCGCAGCAGCAGUGAGUCUGUGUCUCAAUCAGUCUUGUACAUUUGCUCACUGCCAUUAAGCGCCACUCUUCUUUGCAAAACUGCUCAAGCUCUGUCAGGUUCCAUGUGUAUAGGGCAUGAAAUGUCCUUUUCAAGCCAGCCACAAAUGAUCUACAGGAUUGAGUAGAGCUCUCCGAUAUUAUUUGGUAGCAGAUAAAAGCAUUUUAAAAUGAUAUCGGAUAAUAUCGACAUCGGUUUUGGGCCAAUAUGCAUAUGGCAGUGCUAUCAUAUCCACUUAUCUCCUGUCUGUGUUUCUGGUGUUUUGACGCCCCCUGCUGGCGCUAGGUGUAAUUAGUUUUGAAAAGUUGCAGCACUUUCUGCUGACGUCAUCAUAUUUCGACGCGAGCUCAUUUCAAAUAGAGCGCAAUGGACGAGCUAACAUCUGCAGCCAAUGUACCAUAGCAGUUCUCGCUAUUUCACCAUGUUCUUUGUGCCUUAUACAAGCAUCGCAUGGACAGUGUAUCACAAAGGUGAGUACA